AUGCCGCCAGACAUUGACCAUUACACGUCUUGCGUCGCGGGGGGCAUCGUCAAGCCGGUGGCGAAUAUCGUCCACUCCGUGGCGGACGUGGGCGACGGCAUCUCCGCCCAGGUGAACCCCCUCUCCGUGAAGAGCCGCAGGCACAUGGCGCGGCGGCGGUUCCGGCAGCCCCGGCUGCUCUUCACGGAGGGCGCGGCCGUGAGGCCGUGGCGCGAGCUGGAUGCCGAGCUGCUGCGGCAGCUGGGAGGCCGUAUGAUGUGGGGCAUCCAGGAGAUCGUGCCGUUGGCGCCCGAGGGCCAGUACCAGAACGUCCUCCUGCUCUACAGCUACCGCCUUGUUCUGGCGCAGGUGGAGAUGCCCACCGAGGGCAGGGGCAUGGCCGACCCGGGCGGCCAGGGCAUAGGCCUCCUGGAGCAGCUCGGGGAGUCCACGACGAAGCUGGCCAUGCAGGCGCUCAAGCCCCUCAAGCCGCUGAUCAGGAAUGUGCAGAGCCUGGAGCGGAAGAUGCACACCGCGGCCGAGGAGGGCGGGCCCGCCGACGGCCCCGGCCCGGACGCCGCCGCCGAGCUGGCCUUCGCCGACCUCGCGAGCAUCCGCUGCGUGGCGCUGCCCGACGGGGAUCUGCUGCAGCUGGCCCGGUCGACGGACACCGUCGACCUCCCGCUGCGCCGGGCCCCGAUCACGCCUGCCGUGCUGGACGGCCUGGUCGCGGGCUUCCGCUCGGCGGUGGCGCACCCGGACAGCGCCGCGAACUGGGCCAAGCUGCGGGCCGCGCAGCGCGAAGAGCUGCGGAGCAGCAAGCGGCUCGAGAACGAGGCUGGGGAGGAGGCCGCCGAGAUAGAGGCGCACCUUCUGGAGAAGGACGCCGGCGAGAAGGUGCUGGAGUUCUUCGAGGUGGAACGCUGGAGGGUCACGUCCAGGUGCUGGGAAACUCCGUUCCUUCCCAUGGACAAGGGCCUCUCCUUCCGGUGGGUGGACGCCGCGGGCAAGAAGCACCCACUGUGCCAGAAGAUGCUGAGCUGGGAGCAGAUCUCGUCGUCGGCA